AUGACUCCUUCACGACCUUUCAAACCCGAGGACACUUAUGAAAGUAUAUAUUCAGAGACAGAGGUAGACGAAGAGAUCAACAAUCUACUUUCUUCUUCUUCGUAUCCUUCUUCUUCAGGACCCUUCAAGCCAUUCACUAAACGAUCAUCACCUAACGUAUUGAUCAUCAAAUUCAAAGAGCUGCUCUCACUGCCCUAUGAGCUUUUCUUUGCUAUAACUGGUUUGAUGGGUAUAGCAAAUUAUGUCAGACACAUAGUACAGAUAAUACCCUCAAAGCCAGCUACUAUCUCCUUGCGCGAGAUAGGAGGGGCUAAGCCAGAAGUUCGAGUAGACAGGUGGAUAAAGGAUAAUGUAGAGAGCUUGAAAGGUGUUUUCAAGCCUGCUUGGUGGGCACCCAACGGUCAUCUUCAGACGUUCUUCACUGUUUUAGGGGAUUUCACGAAGGUAGAUAAAGUACAUUACGUGAGAACGUACUUGCGUUUACCGGAUGGCGGAACAAUUGGAAUAGAUACCACACCUGUAAACCACCAACCUCUCUCAGCAGACACCCCGACGAUAGUAGUCUGUCAUGGGCUGACUGGAGGAAGUCACGAGUCAUAUGUUCGAAAUGUACUUUCUUGGGUGGCAAGACCGAAAGACCAAGGGGGGAUGGGUGCGAGAGCAGCUGUGGUCAAUUUCAGAGGGUGCGCUGGCGUUCCAGUAACAUCACCUCAGAUGUAUUCAGCCGGAACCACCAUGGACCUAGCCAUAGCACUGCAUCACCUCCGCCACAAAUACCCCUCGUCUCCAUUGUUCAGUAUCGGCUUCUCUCUCGGCGCUUCGGUCCUCUCGAGAUAUCUAGGUGAAGCGGGAGAAUCAUCAUUAUUAUCUGCCGGAAUCAUUCUUGGCUGUCCAUGGGACUUAACUUUGAUGUCUCAUAAAUUGGAUCACGACUGGUUCCAUUCCCGCGUUUAUUCGUCGGCAUUAGGUCAAAAUGUUCUCAAACUGUUUUUCAAAGCUUAUGAUGCCAAUCCACCCAUUUUCGACGCUGAUGAUAGUCCGGUGAAAGAAUUUAUGGAUGAGUUGAAGGUGCAGAAGAAUAAUAUGGGAUCACAUACUAGGUUGAGGAAAGUGGACGAUUUGAUGGUUUGUAAGAUUGGUGGACCGAGGAAUAUAGGUGUUUGGCCUUUUAAGGAUGCAGAAGAGUAUUAUCAGUGGGCGAGUCCUAAGAGGCUGAUCAGUCGUGUCCGAGUACCUCUCCUAGCCAUUAACGCCUUCGAUGAUCCUGUGGUUGAUUGUACUGCCCUCCCCUUAGAAGAGCUUAAAUCGUCCACUCACGUCGUAACGGCCAUAACAGGAUCAGGAGGACAUCUGGGAUGGUUCGACGGCCCUUUCCCAUUAUGGUCACCGACCAAAUCGAAACAUCGAUGGGUCUUGAAACCAGUAUCGGAAUUUUUGACUGCUACAGCGAGAGAUCUCGACGUCGUCGGAGGUAAUAUAGAUGUGGUACAAGAAGAGGGAUGGGAGUGGGUUGAAGACGAUCAGGGACAUGCUAUACCUGGACUACACAGAAGGGGAUGGAAAGUGCUUAAAGAGGGUGAGGAGAUUCUGGGUGAGGGGGAUGAAGGUGAGACCGGGGUGAUACAGGGAUUAUAA